AACAAAAAAGCGGGAGCGGGCUUCUGUGCCAGAAAUAAAGAAUAAAAAAGAUAAAUAUUACAGAAAAUAUAUUUCAUAAGGCAUAUUUUUCCAGUCGUUGGUUGAAUGAGCUGCUUGGGGCUUCUUGCAUUGGCGGAUUAACGAAAUGAAUACGAACGGGUGGUGAUGCUUGGGACUUUGGAGGGAGGCGAAGGUUGUUUAUUGGUGAGUCUUUCUUUCGUCUGACACCGAGGGCUGGGCUGGGGCUUGACUGGCAGACUAAAUAAAGAAACAAAGAUGGAAGCGUCUUGUGUUUUCUGCGGCGGAGGCGGGGUCUCCACCUUGGCUUUGAAGUCCCCAAGCUGCCUCAAUUUCCGUUUUUUGCGCCACAAUGAGUUGAAUUUAUCUUUGAGAUCCAUUUCCGUGUUGAGCAGCGACAAGCGCUUCUUAUAUGCAGCUACUCUCUCAUCUACAUUCCGAUUCCGACUACGAAUCCGGAACAACUCAGAUCACGUAUCCAAGGCCGCCAUUAGUAGUACUAGUAGUAGUACCAAGAGAAGAAGCCGCGGCCGCAACAACAGAGGAGGUGAUGGUGCCAACAACGAGGACCGUAAGAAGAAUCCUGGCCGGACGACUAUUACCAUUACUACUGUUGUUGGGUCCUCGUCUACAUCGGUGGUGGACGAAAACUCGGAGGAUGCGAAGCAAAAACGACAGAAGCAGCAGCAGCAGCCACGUGCGACGAAACCAGUUAACGUGCGCUCUCUGUAUCAGAACGGAGACCCAUUAGGGCGGAGGGAUUUGGGCAAAUGCGUGGUGAGGUGGAUAUGCCAAGGAAUGAAGGCAAUGGCCUCGGAUUUCGCCACCGCGGAGGUGCAAGGGGAGUUCUCCGAGGUGAGGCAGCGAAUGGGGCCGGGUCUCCCUUUCGUGAUCCAGGCUCAGCCUUAUCUCAACGCUAUCCCGAUGCCCCUUGGUUUCGAGGCCGUGUGCUUGAAGGCCUGCACCCAUUAUCCCACUCUCUUCGACCACUUCCAGAGGGAACUGAGAGACGUCCUCCAGCACCUCCAGCGCAGGUCACUGGUCGACAAUUGGCGCGAAACUGAGUCAUGGAAGCUGCUCAAGGAUCUCGCCAAUUCAGCUCAGCAUAGAGCAAUUGCAAGGAAAGUUUCCCAACCAAAGACCGUUCACAGUGGUUUAGGAAUGGACCUUGAGAAGGCCAGGGCUAUUCAGAGCAGGAUUGACGAUUUCACCAAGUUCAUGUCUGAUCUACUUCUCAUUGAAAGGGAUGCUGAAUUAGAAUUCACUCAGGAGGAGUUAAAUGCUGUUCCUACGCCGGAUGAGAGUUCUGAUUCGCCAAAACCAAUUGAAUUUUUGGUCAGCCAUGGCCAGGCUGAGCAGGAACUCUGCGAUACUAUCUGCAAUCUAAAUGCAGUUAGGACUUCUACAGGAUUAGGUGGAAUGCAUUUGGUAUUGUUCAGGGUGGAGGGGAAUCAUAGAUUACCGCCUACUACUCUUUCUCCCGGAGACAUGGUUUGCGUGAGGACCUGUGAUAGCAGGGGUGCUGGAGCAACUUCUUGCAUGCAAGGUUUUGUUAACAACCUAGGGGAGGAUGGCUGUAGCAUCAUUGUGGCUCUGGAGUCCCGUUAUGGUGAUCCCACCUUUUCUAAGCUCUUUGGCAAGAGUGUGCGCAUUGAUCGCAUUCAUGGCUUGGCUGAUGCGCUAACAUAUGAGCGCAAUUGUGAAGCCUUGAUGAUGCUUCAAAAGAAAGGUUUGCAGAAGAGAAAUCCUUCAAUUGCUGUUGUGGCUACACUUUUUGGAGAGAAAGACGAUGUUUCAUGGCUGGAGGAUAAUCAUUUGGCAGAUUGGACUGAGGGAGAACCGGAUGGAUUGUUAUACAGUGAAACUUUUGAUGAGUCCCAGCGAAGAGCAAUAGCAUUAGGUUUGAACAAGAAGCGACCUAUAUUGAUAGUGCAAGGGCCUCCUGGUACCGGAAAGACGGGUUUGCUUAAGGAACUGAUCUUACUUGCUGUCAAACAAGGUGAAAGGGUACUUGUCUCAGCACCUACCAAUGCAGCUGUGGACAACAUGGUUGAAAAACUUUCUGGUAUUGGGGUUGACAUUGUUCGGGUUGGCAAUCCAGCACGAAUAUCCCCUGCAGUAGCUUCAAAAUCUCUGGCUGAGAUUGUGAAUACGAAGCUUGCGAAUUUUCAAGCAGAGUUUGAGAGGAAGAAGUCAGAUUUAAGAAAGGACCUGAGACAUUGUUUAAAAGAUGACUCUCUAGCUGCUGGAAUACGCCAGCUUCUGAAACAACUUGGAAAAACAUUGAAGAAGAAGGAAAAGGAAACCGUGAGGGAAAUAUUAUCAGGUGCUCAAGUUGUACUCACAACAAACACUGGAGCAGCCGAUCCACUGAUUAGAAGGUUGGAUACCUUUGAUCUGGUUGUUAUAGAUGAAGCAGGGCAAGCAAUUGAACCUUCUUGCUGGAUCCCAAUCUUGCAGGGUAAGCGCUGUAUUCUUGCAGGCGAUCAAUGCCAGCUUGCUCCAGUUAUUCUGUCUAGAAAAGCCUUGGAAGGUGGUCUUGGAAUCUCUCUCCUGGAGAGAGCUGCAGCUUUGCAUGAAGGGGUUCUUGCCACCAAGUUAAUGACACAGUACCGGAUGAAUGAUGCAAUAGCCAGCUGGGCUUCAAAGGAGAUGUAUGGGGGAACACUGAAAUCCUCUUUGACUGUCUCCUCUCAUCUUCUUGUAGAUUCUCCAUUUGUCAAGCGCACUUGGAUAACACUGUGCCCGUUAUUAUUGCUGGAUACAAGGAUGCCAUAUGGAAGUUUAUCAGUUGGCUGUGAGGAGCAUUUGGACCCAGCUGGCACGGGCUCCUUUUAUAACGAAGGGGAGGCAGAUAUUGUUGUCCAACAUAUAUUUUCUUUGAUCUAUGCUGGUGUGAGCCCCACAGCCAUUGCAGUGCAGUCUCCUUAUGUCGCUCAAGUGCAAUUAUUGAGGGACAAACUUGAUGAGCUCCCAGAGGCCGCAGGCGUUGAGGUUGCAACCAUUGAUAGCUUUCAAGGCCGGGAAGCUGAUGCGGUGAUUAUAUCAAUGGUCCGGUCAAACACCCUGGGAGCAGUUGGAUUUUUGGGGGAUAGUCGACGAAUGAAUGUUGCCAUAACAAGAGCACGCAAACAUGUAGCAGUGGUGUGUGAUAGCUCAACGAUAUGCCACAACACCUUCUUGGCCAGGCUGCUGCGUCAUAUCAGAUAUUUUGGUAGAGUGAAGCAUGCUGAGCCAGGUACUUUUGGGGGAUCUGGCUUUGGCAUGAAUCCUAUGUUGCCUUCGAUAAGUUAACAUUGCAGGAGUGGAUGGAGACACAAGUAUUCCACUUACGUUAGUUCGUGAUUUUUUGAAAAGGCAGCUGAGGGUAUAGAUUCUUGUUCUCAUUGUCACUGCCUCAUUUCUCUCAUGUACAGUGUUCCCUUCAAUUUAUUCACAGAAAGAAAGUGAAUGUUUCAUGCAAACUCACUACUGAAUCUUGUAAAUAAACAGCAAACUAGGUAUUUUUGACAUAUAUACAAUUCAAAGAGCAUGGUUGGAAUAGGUAAACAGGUGGUUUAAUCCACGCUCCACUGUAACUGUAAUAUCCUCUUAGGAAUAGGAUGGCUUGUAAAAACUGUUACAAAUCCAUGCAUGG